CUCAAACCACACAUACAUACACACACAAAGCAACAUUAUAAAUACCACUUCCCUUCACCCUCAACUACAGUCUGCAGUCAUGGCUAUAGAGACGAACAAAAGAAACAGAAGCACGAACCGUGAUGGCGGGUACGAAUGCAAAACUUGCAAAAAGAGAUACGAAACUUUCCAAGCACUCGGAGGCCACCAAGGAACCCAUAAAAAGGUCAAACUCAGCGACGAAACUAAUGAUGCAUGCUUGUUAAAUCUUGGUAUUGUGGUUCACAAGUCUUCGGGGUUGCAUCGAUGUCAAACGUGCAUGAAAGAGUUUGAGACUGGGCAGGCGUUGGGCGGACACAUGAGGCGGCACAGGCUUGAAAAAGCUUUGAUUUUGAUGGAAAAAGAGAGUAUGUGGCAGCAACAGGCGGUGGUGGAGAAGGCGGAGAGUGAUGUGAUAUUCGCGGCAUUGGAACUACAACUGCUCAAGUCGAAGGAAGAUGAGCGGGACGAGGCCAAAACCGAGUUGGUUUUGGCAGCACAAGAGUGGCGACUAUCUGUUUGACAUUUAGGCUUAUAGUAAAAAAGACAUUUGAUUCAUUCGAUUUUUUUGUAAGGAUCGGCGACGAGAUUUAAUUUCCUGU